AUGAAUCCACCACCGUCCGUAGACAUCCAACCUUCCUCCUCGCGCUUCCCGCUAACCAGCGCAGCCCCAACAGCCUCCGGCGGGGACCAGCGGAAGGUCGCGAUCGCCGUCGAUUUAAGCGAGGAGAGCGCCUUCGCCGUCCAAUGGGCCGUACAGAACUACCUCAGGCCAGGGGACUCCGUCGUCCUCCUCCACGUGCGCCCCACGAGCGUCCUCUACGGCGCCGACUGGGGCUCUGUCAGCCCCAACCUCCCCAACGACGCCGUUUCCUCCUCCGAGUCCCGGCAGAAGCUGGAAGACGACUUCGACGCCUUCACCACAACCAAAGCGGCCGACCUGGCCCAGCCUCUGGUGGAGGCUCAAAUUCCGUUCAAAAUUCACAUAGUUAAGGACCACGACAUGAAGGAGCGGCUGUGCUUGGAAGUCGAGAGGCUCCGGCUUGGCGUCGUCAUUAUGGGCAGCCGCGGCUUCGGCGCCGCCAAGCGAGCCGCCAAGGUGGGCCGGCUCGGCAGCGUCACCGAUUACUGCGUCCACCACUGUGUUUGCCCAGUUGUGGUGGUGAGGUUUCCGGAUGACUCGGACGGGUCCGAACCCAAUGGCCCUAACCCGGUCGAGCUCCACCCGGUGCCUGAGGAGGACCACGAGGAGCUCAGUGACGCCGAUUCCGGUGAAGAAGACCCUCAAGAAAUUGCUUGA